GUAGGCUUUCUGUGGGGAAGUACCAACCCAUUUGUAAAGCGCGGCUCCGAUAUUGUGCAAAAGAAACUCUGUACAACACCUAAUGCAAGCUUGAUCUCAAAGCUUGGAACUUGGGUUCUUACCCCUUCAUUUGUCGUGCCGCACGGACUGAACCAAAGUGGGAGCGGAUUGUUCAUAUACUUGCUGGGCUCCUCGGAUAUAUCCGUGUUAGUUCCAGCAGCUAACGCAUGCAGCCUCGUCUUUAAUGCUUUGGCUGACUUGGCUCUGGGAGAAUCGUUCCGCCUCGUGCCGCUAGCACUAGGAACCUCACUUGUAGCCAUCGGGGUUUUAAUCUGU